GCCGCCGUCGCCACCGCCGAUGUUCUGUUGCUGCGCGCGAUCAUCGCACGACGCCGCGGCGCGCCGACGAAGCAGCAUCGACGUCGGUGGUGGGAUCGCAUUGCCGCUGGCGUCCUCCCCUUCGGUCGGCAAGUGGAGCUUGCCCAGGGGCCGAGCCUUCGGCGGCGAACUAGCGUUCAUUCGCCUGAGGGCGCAUUCGUCAACGGAACCCGUCCACAGGCGGGACAUGGUCGAUUUGGAGGAAUCUGAACCGCAGGCGAAACGCAGGCGGCAGGACAGUGAUUCGGACCUCGCCGUGGGAGGCCAGCAUGCGCUGCAGGAGUCCAGCCAAGACAGCCAGAGCAGCCCCGCCGAGAACGGCUCGAGCGCCGGCUCGGACAACUCGGGUCCGGACUCGCCCGUGGGCGCCGACGACGCUCUCGGGGGAGUGGUGAACGGUCUCGGCUCCCUUCCCCCCCAGCAGCCGCCUCCGCCGCCGCCCAGUCAAGCUCAGCAGCCGACCGAGCCGUACCCGACCACUGCCUGGAAUCUCUGCAGCGCCCAGAACCAGGAGGCCCUAGGAAAACUGCACCAGGGCUCCACGGACUACGCGGACUCGGCGUUGGGUCCCGUAGCCGCGCCUUACGCGACCGACGGAUCCCUGGGCGACAGGCUCCACUGCGGGGGCGGACGGCUGGGAGCUGUGUCUCCGACGGACGCCGACCCGCUGCCUUCCAAGAGCAGCCCCGCCGCGGCCUUGGACUGCGCCGCCUACGCGCCCUACUACACCAGCAUGCAGGCGUACAGCCAGCUGAACAGUGGUUCCUACUCGAUGCCGGCGUCGAGUCUGUACGGCACCCAGUCCGGCCAGGCGUACGGCUCCGACGUCCUCUCCUCAUACGGUUCCCGACAGGGCUCAUCAGCGAACGCGACCAGUGGCCAGGGCAAGUCCAAUCUGGCGCAGUCUUACCUGUACGGCGCCGGUGGAUUCGCCACCUCCAACGGAACCCAGAGUCCCGCAGCCCAGGCGGCACAGGGACAUUACGCCUACGGUUCGAGCUACGCGGGCGGCGCUUUCGGCGGCUCCGCUCAGGCUGGCGGCGGUGCCAGUGCCGCGCAGACGGCGCUCGACUACUCUGCCGGCUACGGCGGCUACGGGGCGCAGGGCUACCCUUACUACGCCCAGGGCUACGGCUACGUCCAGGCAGCCGCGGCCGCGGCGGCAGCGUGCGCCUCUCCGCUGGCGCCGUCUACCUACCAGCUGGCCCAGUUGCCACCGUCGCAGCAGCAGCAGCAGCACGUGGACGGCUCGUACGGCGCCGACGGCAGCCCCUCCCCGCCCGCCAAAUGCGACCCCGUCACUGGAGGAGCCAAGAAAGGUCGCAGCGGCCGGGGCCGGGGUCGGCGGCAGGCGAACCCAUCUCCGGACCCCGAAAACAGCCUGGAGCGGGUGUUCAUCUGGGACCUGGACGAGACGAUCAUCAUCUUUCACUCCCUACUCACGGGUACCUUCGCCGGACGAUACGGAAAGGACACCCCAUCCUCAGUGCAAUAUGGACUAGGAAUGGAAGAGAUGAUCUUCAACCUGGCGGACUCUCAUUUCUUCUUCAACGACCUCGAGGACUGUGACCAGGCGCAUAUCGACGACGUGGCGUCGGACGACAACGGCCAGGACCUUAGCAACUACAACUUUGCAGCCGACGGCUUUCAAGCGGGCACAGGCGUCGGUGCCUCGGGCGGCGCGGGCGGCCUCUGCCUGUCGUCGGGAGGCAUGCGCGGUGGUGUGGACUGGAUGCGCAAGCUGGCUUUCCGAUACCGGCGCAUCAAGGACAUCUACAACCAGUACCGCUCCAACGUGGCUGGCCUGCUGGGACCCAAGCGCGACCAGUGGCUCCAGCUGCGAGGCGAGAUCGAGGCUCACACCGACAGUUGGCUCACGCUCGCCAUGAAAUGCCUCUCCGUCAUACACUCGAGGUCUACGUGCGCCAACGUGCUGGUGACGACGACGCAGCUGGUGCCAGCGCUGGCCAAGGUUCUGCUGUACGGCCUGGGCGGAGUGUUCCCCAUCGAGAGCGUGUACAGCGCCACCAAGAUCGGCAAGGAGUCGUGCUUCGAGCGCAUCGUGGCCCGCUUCGGCAAGAAGUGCACCUACGUCGUCGUCGGAGACGGCAAGGACGAAGAGGCAGCCGCCAAGCAGAUGGGCUUUCCCUUCUGGCGCGUCAGCAGUCACUCGGACCUGGCGGCGCUCCACCACGCUCUCGACCUGGGCCACCUGUGAAUCCGGACAGAAACCGUGAAAAGGAGCAUCGGGAGGGGGACCACUACGACCACCACAUUCCGAAGCGGGACGUCCCGCGCUGGGAAACGGACCGAACACGCGCCCCGCUCCUCACACGAUGGACUGCCCAUACAGUGCUGGCCUCAUACGGCGUGUGCAUCGCACAGUCGGAAAGUGUUCUCAGUAGUUGUGUCGUUUUCAAUGAAGUUUGCCCGGGGACGCAGCCGGCCAGGAUGCGAAUGUCCGGCCGCGUAAGCCCUGCUCGCACUUAUCUUGAUGCAGCAGCCCUAGUCCCUAUAACAGCGCUCGGGUGAUGCUACAUAGUAUGUGCAAGAAACGGCUGCUUCGCCUCCCGCGGUGUUGUGAGUGGGUGUGCGGUGAUCCGAUCGCCAGUGACUCGAGGUGACCCCACCAAGAUCCCCGGCUGCCGAGCGUGUGCCGAAGAACUACGUCCCGCAUCGUGGCCACCUCGGCGCUGUUCCCUGUGCCAACUACGCCGUGUCACCAUGACUUCGCGCCGUUGGCGCACCGUAUUAAGCUUCGUUGGCGCGUUUCCAAAGAGAUGCUAUGUGGGCUUCGUAUUAAUUAAAUUGUCUGUUGCUUCAAAUGGCACAGUGAUAGUAAAUUAACGUUCAGUUCCACGAUUAAUUAGGAGAUGGAGUUCAAUUACUUUGUUUGUACUGGAUGUGAGUGGACAUGCUUCAGAGAUCGUAAGAAAGCUUUCGAAUGUUGAGUUAAAUAUCAAAGAGGCCAUUGCAUCGCUAAAGAAGUCUACAGCAUUUCAACGCACAGCCUGUAGCGUAAAAGCUUGCUCGAAGUCAACAGGAAAGAAAAGUGUGAUACGCUCACGACACCGCUGUGACACUGACUCCGCUGGACUACUGCUUGAUUCUUGUAUUAGAGCUGGCAUAUUAUCAUAGCGGUGAGCUACAAUCAUGGAUAUGUGUUUGUGCUUACACUCUCGUGACAGUGAAUUUGCAGUUUCCUUCGGCCGCGAAUGAGCCCUGAUUAGCUUCUAAAAUUUCGCUCGAUCGUAUUUUGCAACACGGGAUAACGUUGCGUGUACUGUGUGAUUACAAUCCGCAGCCCGACGCGCCUUCUUGUAACACGCAGACAGUGCAACGUGCUGUCCUGGUACAAUUGCGGUCAUUAUGGGAGGGAACGCGCGAUCUACGGACUUAAUGUUGAUCAUUUCAAUACGAUUUCACGUCUUAUCGCUGUACUUCAGACAACGCACUUCCGUUUUGUGUGCGUGCGCGCGCUUGUCGACACGAAUGGGUAGGCUAUCUCUCUUUUUCUCUUCUUUCUUUAGAGCCAUGAAACCCUUAAAAUACGUCUCAAUUUUCUGAUAUCGUCAAUUGGAAGUUACGAAAGAAGCAUCUUGGCCGGCUGCUGAUUGCGGAAGGACAAGCCAAUCAUCAAAAGCGUUGAGGACCAUAGCUGUCAUAAUGGCAGACAAUUAGGCAUGUUGGUUCAUCAAAACUGUUGAAUUGUGCAAACAGGCCAAGGGCUAAAGGAAGAGGCGACGACACACACAGCGCAAGCUACCAGCAAAAGUUUAUUUCCUUGGACACAGUUUUUAUACGUUUCGGGUCGUUUCGUGACGCGCCAGGACACGAAGAUUGUCUAUUUAGUGGACGUGAGGUCGACAGCGAGAUUCCGAAUGAGUAUUGCAUUUAUUUCGUGACAAAUGAAGGACAGACUUUGCGAUCCAUUUCCCCAAUUUCAGCUGCUGACAGUGUUGCGUUUCUUUCCGGAUUAAUUUGAGCGCCCUGCUUCCCGCAGUAGGGCUUCCACUUCCAUUUGCACCUGUGUUGUUGUGCGUAAAAGAUAGUCAAGAAAGGAACAAACACAGUGACACACACUGUCUUGCACGAUACACGUUCGAAUAGUUCCCGCAACUAACCGCGUCAGAUGCAUGGGCGCGCAUUGGCACGAGAGUUUCGCGAGAGCUGGACGGUUAGCUGGUAUUCAAAUUAAUUUGAUGAAAGCUGCGAUGUCAGCUACUCGAACUCCACGUCUAAGCGAAAUUGUAAUUGAGAAAAAGGGGAAAGAAGCUUCGCUGAUCACAGUCGAUGUGGGCGUCCACCUAGUACCCACAGCGCGUCUUUAAUUUGACAUUAAUAAUAACAUUAAUAGAAAGAAACGCCUUCGAAAAAAAAAACUUUGUUCUUGCAGGCUUGCUAGUUUGGGUUGGACACAGUAGAUAAAACUGAAGUCCUGCGAUAUACAAAUUUGCGAAAACUACAAAUGUAUUUCGUAUUGCCCUUAGCAACUCGUUCCUUGUUCGCUUCCAUAUUGGUCGUCACUGUGUAAAGCAGCGCCAAACCUGGUUCCACAUUAGCGCAUUUAGUGUCACAAGCUACUGGUCUACGAAGUGAUUGCUUUUACUGAACAGCUCGAAGCCAAAGAUGUGCUUGUCGAAGGAGACGAGUUAAUAAAAUAUAUAUCAUGCGACUGUAGCUUUCAAGUGCUGCUGUCCUGGUAACCAAGAGAACCAAUAAAGUUGAGACAUUUCGGUCCGA